AUGACUGCGACCGUCGAUUCGGCCCUCGCUCACGACCCUUCAGCUAGCGACGACGUGUACGAUCCGGAUGACGUUUUACCCCAGAACAGUCCCUUGAUGAAGGCUCACCGCCCCAAACUCGAACCCUCGCCCUCCCCGCCGGCGUUACCUAUUCCUAAAGUCAGUCUUUCUUCUAGCUCGGGUCGGAUAUCUUCUAAUCGACGACAAAAGGUUCGUCCGAGCCUCGGCGAUGCUGUGCUGAUCCAUUAUCUGGACGGCGGAAAACGGCCCGAAAUCGUCGCCGAGGCAUGGUCGCGGCCGCUCGCUCAUUACGACGACGAGGACGAGGACGACGGACAAAGUAAAGGGGACACGGAAGAAACGGUCGACGAGUCGGGGGACGAGGAUGAUACUAAGAGUCACGAGAUGUCCCCAGGUCCUGCACAUCGCCGUGCUUUUCGUGCUGCCGAGUCGACAGUAUCAAAGUCUAUAGAUUUACAAUUUCUCGCGACAAACGCGCUCGCUGCUGCUAAAGCGGCAUCGAAACCAGUAGAUACGGAUGAUUCGCAAAUAGCUGAUGACGAUUCUAGAGUUGCGCAAAGAGCGACGCCCGCUCCAGCCUUUAGGACAAAUGGCGCACGAGAUGAUAUCGCGAUGAAAGAUGCAAACAGGCCCGUUCUUCAGGCGCCUAUCUCUCCUUAUGCGUCGCAGGGCCCACAGGAGAUGUAUUCCCCUCGGAAUUACACCCCAAGUCAGGUCCUGAUGCAUCCAAACAAUGUUCGAUCGCCGCCUGGUUUAAAUACCCCCACCGAUCGUGGGGAGUUGCCUCCGAUCCAAGAGGUGUCUCCGAAAUCCGACUCGACCAACCACGAUCCGCUGCCCUCUAUAAGGGCUCAGCUACUCGAUCAGUUCACAGGUCCUCCGAAAGAACUAGCGAUGCGUAGCGGACCUCAGUAUCCUCACUCCCCUCCAGGUGGCCCACCGCGCAUGGGCGGAAUUCAUGCAUCACCUCCGAUAUCCCCUAAUGAUGCGUAUCGCCCCCCAGGCAUGCCUUCUCCAGCGCACACGCUCCCUGCUAUGAGUCCUUUUUUCUAUCCAGGCGGCAAUAACACAAACCAUCAUCGAUCUGGUCAGGAUUAUAGUAGUGGCAGCAAUGCGGACACUCCAGGUGGUAGCGGUGGUGACGCUUCGACACCCGCCACUUCUAUCACGGAACGGAUGAGCAUUGAUAAUAUGACAAAUCCCGCAGUUGGCGCAUUCGUUUGUACUGUACCAGGCUGUACUGCGCCUCCGUUUCAGACACAGUAUCUGCUCAACUCACAUGCAAAUGUGCAUUCUUCCGCUCGUCCUCAUUAUUGUUCUGUAAAAGGAUGUCCGCGGAGCGAGGGUGGGAAAGGCUUUAAGCGUAAAAAUGAAAUGAUCCGUCAUGGUCUCGUCCAUGAUUCGCCUGGGUACGUGUGUCCGUUCUGUCCAGAUCGAGAGCACAAGUACCCCAGGCCAGAUAAUCUGCAAAGGCACGUACGGGUUCACCAUGUCGAUAAAGAUAAGGAUGAUCCGGCCCUUCGCGACGUGCUUUCGCAGCGCCCAGACGGACCCAACAGAGGACGGAGACGCCGCGGCGGUCCGUGA